AUGUCCGAACCAGCAUACAAGCGCGCCCGCGUCAAGCGCUCUCCCUCCCCCGUCUACAAACUCGACGAUGAAGAUGACUCCUACGAACCGUAUGUUCCCGUCGCUCAGAGGCGUCAAGCAAAACUCGCGAAGCUGACCUCUUGGGGCGCAAACACCGAAAAGGACCAGGCGAAGCGGCUCCAAGAAGAGCUGGAUGAGCGAGACGACGAGGAGCGCGAGGAGGAGCGGCGCCGCGAGAAGACCCGCAAGGAGCGCACCCUGCUGAUGGAGGCACAAGAGGUCCAUGACCGCAAAGCUGCUGAAGACGCGAAGAAGACAACAGCGGAGAAGGCAGAGGAGGCAGAUGCCGAGAUUCUCGCAGCCAUUGCAGCCCGGAGGAAGCUCGCUUCGGACCUGGAGUUGGCCAAGGGUGUUCUAUAUACCGAGCCUAUGAAGACGUCAUGGCGACCUCCCCGAUUCGUGCGGGAACGGACACCAGAGGAGAACCACAGUAUAUGGGAAAAGCACCACAUCAUUGUCGAAGGCGAAGAAGUUCCACCACCCAUCGACAAUUUCACGGACAUGAAAAUCCCAGACCCGCUCGUCAAGUUCCUCAAGUCAAAGCGGAUCCUUAAACCCACCCCCAUCCAGCUACAAGGCAUUCCCACUGCGUUUGCUGGACGUGACAUGAUUGGCAUUGCGUUCACCGGUUCAGGAAAGACUCUAGCAUUCUGUUUGCCGCUUAUUAUGGUUGCUUUGGAGGAAGAGGUCCGACUGCCAUUCAUCCGCGGGGAGGGGCCGGUCGGCAUCAUCCUCUGUCCUUCCCGCGAAUUGGCCACACAAACGUACGAGAACGUUCUGACGUGGACUGCCGCACUGGCGAAAGACGGUAAGUACCCCCAGCUCAACAGCCUUCUGUGCAUCGGUGGUAUCUCCAUGGGCGACCAGAGCCACGUCCUCGCCAAGGGCCUCCACAUCGUAGUUGCCACGCCUGGACGACUCAUCGACAUGCUGGAGAAAAAGCGCUUCACCUUCGACAACUGCAAGUACCUUUGCAUGGACGAAGCGGACCGUAUGAUCGACUUGGGUUUCGAAGACGACGUGCGGAAUAUCAUGAGCUUCUUCAAGCGGCAAAGACAAACGCUCUUGUUUUCCGCGACGAUGCCGCGGAAAAUUCAAGACUUUGCGCAACAGUCGCUCGUCAAACCUGUGCUCGUGAAUGUGGGUCGCGCGGGAGCCGCCAACCUGGACGUCUUGCAGGUGGUCGAGUACGUCAAGCAGGAGGCCAAGAUGGUGUACCUGUUGGAAUGUCUGCAGAAGACACCGCCCCCUGUCAUCAUUUUCAGCGAAAACAAGAACGAGGUUGAUGACAUCCAGGAAUAUCUCCUGCUCAAAGGCGUCGAAGCUGUUGCCAUCCACGGGUCUAAAACUCAGGAAGAGCGUCAAUACGCGAUCAAGUCCUUCAAGUCAGGCGCUAAGGAUGUUAUGGUUGCAUCUGGCGUUGCGUCCAAGGGUCUGGACUUCAACGACAUCCAGCAUGUCAUCAUCUUCUCUAUGCCCAAAGAGAUCGAAGACUACGUGCAUCAGAUCGGUCGUACGGGCCGUAGCGGCAAGACCGGUAUCGCGACCACGUUCGUGAACAUGAAUACCCCCGAGCAGACGCUUCUUGACCUCAAGUACCUCCUCAUGGAGGCUGGCCAAAAAGUGCCACCAUUCUUGCAGAGCAUCGAGGAUCCUCGUGCUGCUCAGGGCGGCUCGCUCAAGGGUUGUCCCGUUUGCGGCGGUCUUGGCCAUGGUAUCUCCAACUGCCCCAAGCUCGAAGACGCGCAGCGGAGGCAAAUGGCCUCACACCGGACUUCGGACGACAGGGGAUAUUGA